CUCACAGCGCUCCGGGCGAGGAGAGCGGGCGGACGCCGGGGGCUGGGCCGGUGCGGGCGGCGAGGCAGGCGGAGGAGGCGCAGAGACAGCGGGGCGGCGUCGGGGCCGCGGCCUCUCCCUUCCCGCGCCCCUCGCGUCGGGUCCCCGCGCCCGGGGCGCACGGUGGAGAGGGACGCGGCGGAGCCGGCCGGCAGCCAUGGAACCGGCCCCCUCCGCGGGCGCCGAGCUGCAGCCCCCGCUCUUCGCCAACGCCUCGGACGCCUUCCCCAGCGCUGGCGCCAAUGCGUCGGGGCCGCCAGGCGCGCGGAGCGCCUCGUCCCUCGCCCUGGCAAUCGCCAUCACUGCGCUCUACUCGGCCGUGUGCGCCGUGGGGCUGCUGGGCAACGUGCUCGUCAUGUUCGGCAUCGUCCGGUACACUAAGAUGAAGACGGCCACCAACAUCUACAUCUUCAACCUGGCCUUGGCCGAUGCGCUGGCCACCAGCACGCUGCCUUUCCAGAGUGCCAAGUACCUGAUGGAGACGUGGCCCUUCGGCGAGCUGCUGUGCAAGGCUGUGCUCUCCAUCGACUACUACAAUAUGUUCACCAGCAUCUUCACGCUCACCAUGAUGAGUGUUGAUCGCUACAUCGCUGUCUGCCACCCUGUCAAGGCCCUGGACUUCCGCACGCCUGCCAAGGCCAAGCUGAUCAACAUCUGUAUCUGGGUCCUGGCCUCAGGCGUUGGCGUGCCCAUCAUGGUCAUGGCUGUGACCCGUCCCCGGGACGGGGCAGUGGUGUGCAUGCUCCAGUUCCCCAGCCCCAGCUGGUACUGGGACACGGUGACCAAGAUCUGCGUGUUCCUCUUCGCCUUCGUGGUGCCCAUCCUCAUCAUCACCGUGUGCUACGGCCUCAUGCUGCUGCGCCUGCGCAGUGUGCGCCUGCUGUCGGGCUCCAAGGAGAAGGACCGCAGCCUGCGGCGCAUCACGCGCAUGGUGCUGGUGGUGGUGGGCGCCUUCGUGGUGUGUUGGGCGCCCAUCCACAUCUUCGUCAUCGUCUGGAUGCUGGUGGACAUCGACCGGCGCGACCCGCUGGUGGUGGCCGCGCUGCACCUGUGCAUCGCGCUGGGCUACGCCAAUAGCAGCCUCAACCCCGUGCUCUACGCCUUCCUCGACGAGAACUUCAAGCGCUGCUUCCGCCAGCUCUGCCGCAAGCCCUGCGGCCGCCCGGACCCCGGCAGCUUCAGCCGCGCCCGCGAAGCCACGGCCCGGGAGCGGGUCACCGCCUGCACCCCGUCCGAUGGUCCCGGCGGUGGCGCCGCCGCCUGACCAGACCAUCCGGCCCCCAGCGCGCCCCUCCCUGUGACCCGGCGGCCACAUGCGUCCCAGUGGGAGGCGCGAGCCGUGACGGGGAAUGGGGCAGUAGAAGGUCGGAGGUUUGGGACCCCCAGAUGGGGCCUCUGUUUCGGAGACGGGACCGGGCCGCUAGAUGGGCACGGGGCGGGCCUCUGCUUUGGGGCGAGGCAGAGGACAGAUCAGUGGCGCAGUGCCUCUGGGCUGGGUGCCCCGUUCACGACUCUAGGUGGGGUGGGAAAGCCAGUGACUCCAGGGGAGGAGCGGGACCUGUGGCUCCAGACCUGAGUCCUUAAACAGGGGAUCUCCAGGAAGGCGGGGCUUCAACCCUGAGACAGCUUCGGUUUCUAACUUGGAGCCGGAGUUGGGGGUCCGGGCCUAGCACCCAGGAAGGGCAGUGGUGGGGACAGUUGCUUGAAAACUGAGCUGCAAGACUGGGCCUCUGUGUGGUAGGGAGGAGCCUCCUGUGAGGGGAGACCCAGAGACAGGACAGCUGGAUGUGGCUACAGCUAAAGAGUUGGUCACCAGAUAGAGGGCCUGUGCAAAGGGCCUGUGGCCUCAACUUCAGAUACAGGAUACAGUCCCAGCCCUGAGUUCUAGCAAGGGGCAAGGCUCGCCGAGGUCCAGGUCCGGCUUGACACCUUUAUAAAUAGAAUAUAAAAGACUGAGGGGCCAGGCGUGGUGGCUCAAGCCUGUAAU